CUCCGGGGUGGGGGCUCCGGGGUCGAGUGUCUGGGGUCAAGGGCCUGGGGUCAAGGGUCUGGGGUUGGGGAUCCGGGGUCAAGGGUCCAGGUUCAGGGCUCAGGGUUGGGGGCUCGGGGUCAGCUCCAGGUUGGGGGCUAAAGGUCAGCUUCGGGGUCAGGGCUCAGGGUCAGCUCUGGGGUGGGGGCUCCGGGGUCAAGGGUCCAGGAUCAAGGGCCUGGAGUCGAGGGUCCGAGGCUCAGGACUGGGGCUCAGGUUUGGUUCCCAGGGUUGGAGCUCGGGGUUGGGGCUCGGGGUUAUCUGCGGGUCCUGGGGGAGCUCUGGGGUCGUGAGCUCUGUAGUUAAUAGCACAUCACGGGUUAACCGUAUCAACCCCACUGCCUUCUGUUUUGAUCAAGCCAUUGCCAGGCUACUAACAUGAUGUUUCUUGAUACAGACCAAGAUUUCUUUGUCCCUUUGCCAGGCUGGAGAGAGCUGCUCUGCUUUCACUGGUUGUGACUCUGAGUCCCCCUAGCCCCUUCCCUUACAUCUUUUCUCAUACUAUAAUGUCCCCUGGCAUGGUGAAACCAAAAAUGCAUGCAAUAUCCAAACUGGGAGUGACCAUGGACUUGCGUGAUGGCAUGAUGGUGCCUCCUAGUUUUGUUUUUUAUUGCCUAUUUGAUUUGUCUUUCUGCGUGUGGCUCAGCAGCAAACAACAGUUUACUAUAACUAUCUAAUCUGGGGGUUGAAAUGUUCAGCUGCCCUGGGCCUUUAAAGUGAAGCAGGAGAUAUUUCCCCGGGUUCCUGAUUUUGCGCUUACUUUAGUUGGCCAUUUUGUUGUUCACUUGUCUGGUACUGCAAGUUCCUCUCUUGAUUCUUCCUCAUCUGCCCUUGGCUUUGCCAUCUUGGGCAACCCAACACUGUCAGAAAACUUGGAUCCUCUGUAUUCGGAAAAAGGAAAGAAAAUGAAUCUAGGAAUGCCUGAAAGCUGAGGCCAGUUCAGAUCUAAGGAAAGCAUCUUUCAGUCACAUGAAUCUCCUUUUGACCUGUGCUAUUUGGACCAAGUUGCUGGGGAAAAUAAUCAAGCGCUUGUUUUCCAGAGAUGUUCUGUAAGUCACAGCUGUUGGUUGUUUCUGAUGUGCAAAAGUGUUGCAGCCUUACAGAGAACAUUUUGUCUGCUCAAACCGGGGACAAAGCACUUCAGAUGCAACUACUUUGGAAGUGCUCGAUCUGUUCGGCAACCUCAGCAUGAUGGAGCCCAAAGCACCUGUUUGGCACUGGGAGAGAAAUCUUUACUGGAAAUCAACGUGAUAUGAAAAUGCAUUUCAGUGCGCCUUAUCGACCCUGUUUGAAGGUUGCGGUACUCUCGUCAUCACUGUGGCAGAUGUCAUCAGGGACCUGUUUUUUUGUUUUAUGCAAGCUAAUUGAUUCCAGUUGGCACCCGAUGCACAUGUGCAUUUUAAGGAUCCCAAGUAAGAGCACAAAUCAGUGUCAAGCAUUUGAAGUUUUUGCCUCUCAGCUGGAGAGGGAACUCAAUAUCCUCUCAGAAAUUUGCUCAAAUAAUCUUUCUAAAAAUCUACUUUUCUGAAGAGGGGGAAAGAAAGGAAAUAAGGUGGGUAGCAAAAGUAACAAUAAUCUCUGAAUUUGCUUCUGGAUUUUCUUCCUCUGUUUUCAAAACAUAGAAGUGUUAUUGCUGAAGUUGAUUCUGAGGUCUCUUCCAUGGGCAGUGUUGAAAUAUAAUGCAAAUGUGAGCAGUUAAAAUUCCUCUAUGUGAAGAUGACAAAAUCAGAUUGGUGUGCUAACUCAGUGACGUUUCUCUCCUUUGUCCCCCACCCUUGUUUAAACAGUGCUGAUAUUUUACGGCAAUAGAAAUCCUUUUGGAAUUUUGUGGCUGACUUGGAGCUGCAGACCUUUACUAUUGCAAGUAGAAGAAAAGGGAAGAGGAAGAGAGAUUAAUUUUUCAGAAACAGUAGCUUGCAGGAAAAAUGAAAUUUAUUGGCUUCCUUUUCUUCUGUAUGCUGAUGAACAUGCUAACAGAUACCCGGUCAAUUCAGGAAGGAGAUGAUCUUUAUCGGGACUCUGUAGCCAUGCCGUACUGGCCCUUCUCCUCCAGCGACUUCUGGUCCUACGUGGAGUAUUUCCGGGCACUGGGAGCCUACGACAGGAUCGACGAAAUGGCCAGAGCCUUGUUCGCCCAGCUGCCUCUGGGCAGCCACCUGGGCUUCCACGUGCCCAGCCGCGAGCACUGAGCCAUUGCUUCCCUCCUCGUGCCUCGGCCGCGCCGACACGUCCUGGUGGGCGGACAUGUGCAGGUGGGCGCCCGGCGGGAGGCCUGCCCGUCCUGCCGCUCCCGCUCUUUAGAGCAGGUGUGUGUAGCGCUGCGUGCGCUGGGAGGCCAGCGGGUAAAGGUAGCCUUUCCUUGCUGCCAUUUCUGCUUUUGUGCAAAGUCAAUAAACUCGUCGGUUGUGUCAGGAGGUUUUGUUUUAUUUUUUUAACGCGUCACGCCCGUGGCCUUGCCUCAGGAAAGCAAGCUCUGGCAUACGCUGGGCGAGCCGAACACCAAUCCCCGCCCGUCUCUGAGGCGGGGGGGGGGCGGCAGGGCACCGGGGCUCUCCCGGCCCGGCUCGGAGCCGCUCCCCCCGCCCCAGCGAGGGUUCCGGGUGCCCCAGGCCCAGCUCCGGCCCCAGGCCCCGACACCAGGCCGCGUCGCCACGGCAACCGCGGGGCCGGCCGGGCCCCGCCUGCAGAGCGACCAUAGAGAGGGCGCGCAGAGCGGCGGGGCCGGAAGCGGAAGCGGGCGCGGCGGGGCAGAGCAGAGCGGCGGCGCCAUGAAGCCGGCGGUGGACGAGAUGUUCCCCGAGGGCGCCGGGCCCUACGUGGACCUCGACGAGAUUUUGAAGAUCUCUUUGAUGAUGAUGACAUCCAGUGAACUUAGUUGUCCUGCUAUGCAGUGCUGGGAUGUGGAGUUUUCUCUAGGAUCGCCUGUGGUGUCCGUUAUUUAUUAAAAUAAUUAAAACAGGAAAAUCCUGCGGAGGGGUGGAACCUGUGUAAGCUGCCAGAUGGUGAAAGAUAACUAAGGAGAGAAUUGUGGACUGUUACUUCUAGGAAGAUGUGCGUAGGCUUUUCUUAAAAUUACACUUGCUGAUGUGUUCAUUCAAUAAAAUACUAACAAAAA